CCAGGAAGUAAAAAAUAUGUUAUGACAGGUCAUUGAAAAUUAACAUUGAUUCCAAAGGUUAUUUUAUUAGACUUUUAUUAGAUUUUAUUAGACUAUUGGACCACGAUGGCUGAAUGCAAGAAAGAACACGGGUAAGCUUCCACGAGUGUCAGUUGUAGAUUUUUUUGUCACUAUCAAUCCAGCUAGUAUGUGCUACAAUGUUUCAGAUUGUGAAAAGUGAAAUACGGAACUGUUUCCCACGACUUGGUACAAUAGCGACAUCGUUACAAUAGCCUAGCGUUACAAUAUACUUGCAGGUUACUGUAACAAGGUCUUGUUAGACAUGUUUGUCUUGACCAGGUUUUUUUCUGUUGUGAAAAUAUUGUCUUUCAAUGAUUUGAUGCAUUUUUAUUGGCUGUUUAUAUUCCGUUAAUUUAGCUAUGGCUAAAUGACAUGUCUUACAUUUUUUUAGGGAAUGUGGGAAAGGCUGCUUCGUUGAUUCAGUGAUUCAUUUGGAUGUCAAGGUAUCACAAAGUUAAAGUAUCAUUUUGUUAGUACAUUUUACAUAUAUUUGUAUCCCAUUACUGACUAGUAGAGUAGGUUUGUACACUGAGUGUACAAAACAUUAGGAUCACCUGCUCUUUCCAUGACAUAGACUGACCAAGUGAAUCCAGGUAAAAGCUAUGAUCCUUUAUUGCUGUCACUUGUUAAAUCCACUUAAAUCAGUGUAGAUGAAGGGGAGGAGACAGGUUAAAGAAGGAUUUUUAAGCCUUGAGACAAUUGAGACAUGGAUGGUUUAUGUGUGCCAUUCAGAGGGUGAAUGGGCAAGACAAAAGAUUUAAGUGCCUUUGAAAGGGGUAUGGUAGUAGGUGCCAAGCACACCGGUUUGAGUGUGUCAAAAACUGCAACGCUGCUGGGUUUUUCACGCUCAACAGUUUCCCGUGUAUCAAGAAUGGUCCACCACCCAAAGGACAUCCAUCCAACUUGACACAACUGUGGGAAGAAUUGGAGUCAACAUGGGCCAGCGUCCCUGUGGAAUGGUUUCGACACCUUGUAGAGUCCAUGCUCCGACGAAUUGAGGCUGUUCUGAGGGCAAAAGGGGGUGCAACUCAAUAUUAGGAAGGUGUUCCUAAUGUUUUGUACAUUCCAUUACGGUAUGUCCAGGCAGUAUGCUAAUGGCUACUGAUAAUUGAAUUAAUUAAGUUGAACAUUAACCUCAAAUUGAUGAUCAUGGAAUGAGAUGCAGCCAAGUAAAAAUGUCGAAGACUUUCUAAAUAAAUCUUGAUACAAUAGGUAUUUUUAACCUUCCCUCAGGACUACUAUGGGAAGAUCCUGAAUAAGACGUCUGACCUGAAGAGUAAUGCCUGCUUAGCCCCGUCUCAGCCCAUCCCAGCUGUCAUCCUCAAGGCUCUGAAGAAUAUCCAUCCUGAAGUCACAGCCAAGUGGGUUCACUAUUGUAACAUUGUACAUACAAUAUAAUGACAUCAUUUUGAUAACAUAAGUGUUUCAUAGUCAUUUUCACACAUUGUUAUGGCAUGUGUGUCUCUCUGUCGGUCUGUCUGCCUGCUUGCCUGUGGAUUGUUAAGGAUAAGAUCGUUGAGGAUAAGAUUUUUGAGUCAUCCAUGAAAAACUGUUACACUUGAUUCAAUACACUCACCAUGUAGUCCUUGACCUGCUGUUGUUCUGUCAGGUACUAUGGGUGUGGGCUGGUGGUCCCAGAGUGUCUGGAGGGCUGCAGGCUGCUGGACCUGGGCAGUGGCAGUGGGAGAGACUGCUAUAUGCUCAGCCAACUGGUAGGGGAGAAGGGCCACGUCACGGGCAUCGACAUGACGGAGGACCAGGUACACAACGGUGUGGUGGUGACCAUUCAAUGAAAACGAUUUUAAUAUCAUAAUGGGCAAUUGCUGAACACAACACUGUUGGCGCAGUGUAACUCCCGAGUGGCGCAGUGGUCUAAGGCACUGCAUCGCAGUGCUAGCUGUGCCACUAGAGAUCCCGGUUCAAAUCCAGGCUCUGUCGUAGCCGGCCGCGACCGGGAGACCCAUGGGGCGGCGCACAAUUGGCCCAGCGUCGUCCAGGGUAGGGGAGGGAUGUAGCUCAGUUGUUGAGCAUGGCGUUUGCAACGCCAGGGUUGUGGGUUCGAUUCCCACGGGGGGCCAGUAUGAAAAAUAAAAUAAUGUAUGCACUCACUAACUGUAAGUCGCUCUGGAUAAGAGCGUCUGCUAAAUGACUAAAAUGUAUGUAAAUGUGUGGUGCUUGUUUAUGUAUGUGCGCCCCAAAUCGCCCUUUUCUACUCUGUUCUUGUUUUUGAGUGCUGUAUUUCGGUCCUGGGAACACAUCCGUUUUUCUUUCUUUAUAGCUUGAGGUGGCCAGAAAGUACGUGGACCACCACAUGCAGGAGUUUGGAUACGAGAAGCCCAACGUGGACUUUGUUCAGGGCUACAUCGAGGCUCUAAAGGAGGCUGGACUCGAGGAGAACUCCAUUGAUAUCAUCAUGUAAGAUGCCAUUGUUGUUUGUCUGUUUGUUUGUUUGUUUACCCUUGAAAGAUUACAUUUCAUUUUUACAGUAAUAUCAUAGUGAUUAGUGUACGGUGAGGGUUGAUUAUUUGCCCCUUUGUUGUGCGACAGAUCCAACUGUGUGGUGAAUUUGUCCCCGGACAAGAGAAAAGUAUUGAGUGAUGCUUACCGCGUGCUAAAGGUACACUGUGUGCUAUACUGAAUCAUGUAGAAUUCAGGUCAUUACAACCAACAACACUUCAAUGCACCUUUAAAGCUUGUAAGGGAGAUUCAUGUCAUGUUCCAUUCCUUAGAAGUAAAAUGCUGUCACUUACACGUGUCAGUGGAAAGUAAUUAAGGAAGAAAGUCCUUGCAUGGUAACAUUGAAAUGUGGAAGACACAUUUCAGUUGAAUGCGUUGUUGUACAACUGACUAGGCAUCCUCCUUUCCCUUUCUUUCACUUCUUCUAAGCUAGCAUACUAAAGAUGUUUGUUACUUUCUCUGGUUGUCAGGAUGGAGGAGAGCUGUACUUCAGUGACGUCUACAGCAGCAGCAAGCUCUCUGAUGAGAUCAAGAAUCACAAAGUCCUGUGGGGUACGUACGUCUACUAACCAGCUUCUGUAUUACAUUUCACACUGCUUUAGACUAGUUCUAGCUACUAUUUCUAUUUGUAGUACCAUCAACUGUUAAUAACCUAGGUACACUGUAGAUGUUAAUUAUCUCGUUAGGUGAGUGUUUAGGCGGAGCGCUUUGGUGGGAGGACCUAGUGCGAUUGGCUCAGGAGGUGGGAUUCAGCCCCCCGCGAUUGGUCACGGCCAAUGUCAUCACCGUGGACAACAAGGAACUGGAGGCCAUCCUAGGUGAGAUGUGUUGACUGACAGACUGGUCUUAAUUAAUCAUGAGACUGAAAUGUUUCUAUCAGCUCUAACCAUUGUUAUAACAUACUGGGUUUAUAGCAUUGAUACAUGGGACCCCACAUUUUUAAGAUUUACUAUUCAAAACGUUAUUUCUUCUGGAAAUACAGGUGACUACAAGUUUGUUUCUGCCACCUACCGUCUCUUCAAGAUCCCCAAAAUCUCAUACAAAGGCUCUCUGGUCAUAUACAAUGGCAACAUCACUGGUUUUGAGGAGAGACUGGAGUUUGACUCUCAGUACACGUUCAAGGUUUGUACAAGAUACUGUUUUGUGUUUUUCUGCCAAAUGGAGGUUAGCUUUGCUCCUCUCAAAAGUUGAGAGCAGAGCAGAGAACACAUUUCGAUGUAACAGUUUGACAAAAAGUUAUUUUGGAUCAUAUUGAUCCUAGAUCUGUGCCCAGGUGUGUUUUCCACAGGAGUGGGUUAUACACAGUGAGUAAUAUUGUGUGUGUGUGUCUCCCCCAGGUGGAUGAGGUAGUGGAGGUGGAUAGAGAGAUGGCCAGCAUCCUCAGCCAAUCCAGGUUUGCUGAGGAGUUCACUUUCCAACCGCCCGGGGUACCUUCUGGAUGUAGUGUAAAGAAACCCAAGGUUUGCGCCAAUAACAAGACAGUUGCACCUAAUGUGUCAUAAAACUCUGAGUUCUAGAGGUGGAUGUGGUUGCAGGGUGUGUGUAUAAAUGUCAUGAUGAAUGUGUAUAAAAUUCAUGACACACUGUGUGUCUGUAUAAAGUUCAUGACACAUCCACUGACACCUUCCCACUGUGAAUUCUAAAUUGACCCCUAGUACCUACACACACAGGCACACACACACACACACACACACACACACACACACCAAGGUCAAGCAGAUGUGCUGCAGUCACAACUAGGCUGUGUUAGAGCCCUGCUGGGAACCUUAACCAGGAAGGAAUGUAUGUCCUCCCGUCAGCCAAUGGAAUGUCUCAAUGUCUUCUUAUCAUGGUCUCUCAUGGUCACUGAAACCACACACACAUUAGCGCAAGCACAAAACACACACACACACUGAGGACUAUAUUUGGUUUGUUUAUAUUUCCUACAGUUUGAAUGUUUUCAUACUCCCUACACAUUCUUCAGGCUGUGGGUGUUUAGUUUAGCCUUGGUCCUAAGGAGGCUGAGGCUGAGGCUGAUUAAGAGUUAAUCUAGGUUGUUUUACAAUGCAUUAUACACAGUAUUAUAACCGCAUCAUAAUGCAUUACACCUGUUGUCUCUCAGUAAAGGGUUACCACUAGCUUUGGGACACAACGUCGGUAGUCUGUGUAUUGGUUGGACUCCCUGAGUUGUGCAUCGUUCUGGUGGUUGGCAAUGGAAAAUAGCCACCCUCUAUUUACCAGACAUCAAUUGAAAUGUGUCCCUCACUAUCAAAUAAAUGUCAGAAUCCAACUUUUGUCCGAACCGCACCAUAUUCCUGUCAAGAUAGACCACGCACUUCACACAAGUCUUCCUACCACGAAAUCUACCACUGUUCACACAGCAGGAAUAUGAUGCGGUUUGGACAAAAGUCGGAUUCAGAUGUUUAUUUGAUAGCGAGGGACACAUUUCACUUUAUGUCUGGUAAGUGGAGUUCCUAGAGAUUAUACAUAUGCGUUUGUUGACAGGAAUUUUUUUGGGGUGAAGCCGGCUAUAAUGUGGUAUGGUUAUUUUCCGUUGCCAACCACCAGAACGAUGCACAACUCAGGGAGUCCAACCAAAACACAGACUAAAGGUGUUGUGUCCCAAAGCUAGUUACCAGGUAAUUGAUUUAGUUCGCUCCUAACUCUCGUUUAGUUUAGUUGAUUAUUAUAUAUCUCUACCUUUUGGACUGUCUGUUGCAAGUGAACUCUGGGCCUGUAUCCACAAAGCAUCUCGGAGUAGCAGUGCUGAUCUAGGAUCUGUCCAUAUAAUCUUAUUCAUGAUGAUCUAAAAGGCUAAACUGAUCCUAGAUCAGCAUUCCUACUCUGAGAUGCUUUGUGGAUACGGGCCCAGGUCAUGAUCUCAUGCAGUAAUAAACUGUAUGGAAAGUACGUAAUGCAAGCUACAGCUUCAGACAAACAGUGAUAAGAUAAACUAAUAGCAGAUAAAAACAUAUUGCAUAGUCACCAAUUCCAAUCCAGGGUCGCUGACAGCAUUUGCAUAAUAUGACUCGCCAUGGAGUUUGAUAUUUGAUGUAAUAAAUGUGAUUUAUAUUAUUUAAAUGGGAUUUCUCUGUAAUGAAUUGACUGGAGGUUAAAUGGAAUAGACCCUAACCUUGUAAGAUAGGGGAGUUAUUAUCAUAUAAGGUUAUUACAUAACGCACUACCAUGAAGUUGUGUAAAUAUGGCCCUGCAGAGUUUUUCUGUGAUUUCCAGGGAAACCAUGUGCUGUCUGUCAUGCUGUGUGUCAUUGCAGGUGGGUACAGUGAAUCCCUUUGAACUGGUGCUGCAGCUGGGGAGUGCAACGGUCUCUUCUGCCACAGGGGGGUGCUGUGGUGCAGAGUCAUCCUGUUGCAAGUGAGGGGGUACCCAAGAUAUGAGAGAGACAGAGAUAAUGAUUAUACUGUGUAUGAAUGAACAAUAAUUGUAAUUCAUGUCAAACUAUGGAUUUUUGUCAUGCCUUAAAUUAGGCUCAUGUUUUAAUUGUAUAACUGUGUGAAUAUUGUCAUAAUCCAAAUACAUUUCCGGCAGUGAAGUGGUCAGUGUCUCUCUUUAAUGAAGUAGGCCUUAGAUUUCAAGAUGGGUGUGUGGGAGAGCAAUGCAAAAAAUAUAUCCACUGCAGUGGAGGCUGGUGGGAGGAGC